GCGGAGAUAAAGUUUUUCGUCUACAAUUAUAUACACAAGGCGUAUUAUUACUACCAAGGUAGGUAUGAAAUCUUAGAUGAUCCAUUAUACAUAUAACCUAGUUAUUUGUAGUGUUACUAGAGUUUAAAAUUUUAUGGUGAAUGUUGUUGAAAAAACAAAUAAAAAUAGAAAUCUACUAAAAACAUUUGUAUUUCUUUAUAAUACUUACUACUUCUCUAAUGAUGUGAUAUUUAUUGAGAGACUAUCAAUAUAUAGAGAUAGUCUUAGUCUAGUGUUAUAGUUACUACCUUUGUGCAAAAUAUAAUGGUUUAGAGUAGAGAAGAUACACAUGAAACACAAUUAACUUUGAUUAUUACGAAAUUUACAUAGCUCCCUAGAGAAUAAAUCUAAACAUAGUGUUUGUCUUUUUGUAGACCUUGAACCGAUCAUGUUUCAUUCGUUCGAGACGAAACGGGGAGUGAAACAGUUUCUACCAACAGCGUGGUUCACGGCACAAUGGGCAUCAUAUGGAUACAUUUCGGAGGGCGGUGAAUGUGUGUUUAGAAUAGACGUCUUCGUUGCUCCACCUUUUAACAAAUGGGAAAACUUCUCCUAUGAUGAAAAUAUCAGCAAUCCCAUUUUUAAUUGGAACAUCACAUAUGUCUCUACCAUUCAUAUCGACCCUUACACAUCCGAACCAUUCUCUUCCGGAGGCAGAAACUGGGUGUCGAAGGUGUAUCCAAAUGGAUAUGGUAUUGGAACGGGUAAUUCUUUGUCACCUUACUUGUUGAGUGAGUCUAAUGGAAAUGAUUAUGUUCGAGCUAAGCUACAAGUUUUGAAUCAGUAUUCAUCCAAUCAUGUGGAGAAACAAGUUGAGGGAUGGUCUAAUGUAGCAGAAAAUGGAUGGGGUUUCGAUAAGUUUAUAUCUCUUUCCGAUCUUGAAGAUAGAACCAAAAUUUUCGUUGUGAAUGAUUUGCUCAAAGUUGAAGUCACGAUCAUGGCCUUCUCUAAAACAAACUCCAUCUAAUUUGGGUUUAUGAUGAGACCGCCCAAACAAGCUACAUCAAAUUUCAAAAUAAUGUCACUCGUGAGAGAGAUAUAGUGACAAAUUUGAGACAUU